ACAGAAGGAAACUGCUGAGGAAUUUUACUGGAAGUGUUUAAGAACACUUCAGCGCUGAUAUUGAUUUAUUAUUAAAGAGGUGAUGGGCUCCAUAUUCCGCAGUGAGGAAGUUUGCCUGGUGCAGCUCUUCCUGCAGUCGGGUGCAGCCUAUAACUGUGUCAGUGAACUUGGAGAGCUGGGUAUCGUCGAGUUCAGAGAUCUGAACCCCAAUGUGAACGCCUUUCAGAGGAAAUUUGUCAAUGAAGUGAGGAGAUGUGAGGAGCUUGAGAAGAAUUUUGCGUUUCUGGAGCAGGAGAUUUCGCGCUCGCUGUCUCCGUCACUGCGGCAGGCCUCUCUAGUGGACCCCAUGCUCAGUCCUCCGGCCCCACAACCUCGAGAACUGCUCAGCAUAGAGGAGGAGAGUGAGCGCUUAGCCAGUGAGCUCAGGGAGGUUUCCAGGAACAGAGACAGUAUCCGAACUCAGCUGAAUCAGCUGUGUCAGUACAGAGGAGUUCUCACUGAGAUGCACUUUCUUACGGCCUCACAGGCGCUGCCCCCUUCUUUUGAGCCGGCCGGAUUAGUGGAGCACAGGCAGGACGCGAGACUCAGUUUUGUGGCCGGUGUGGUCCACCCUUGGAAGGUUCCGGCCUUCGAGAGGCUGCUUUGGCGGGCGUGUCGCGGCUACAUCAUCGUGGAUUUUCGGGAGAUGGAGGAGAAGCUUGAGCACCCGGACAGUGGUGAGAUGCUGCAAUGGACCAUUUUUCUCAUCUCAUACUGGGGGGAUCAGAUCGGACAGAAGGUGAAGAAGAUCUGUGACUGUUUCCACACACAGACGUUUCCAUAUUCGGAGAGUCAGGCAGAAAGAGAGGAAGUGCUGACCGGACUCAGGACCAGAAUCGAGGACAUGAAGUCCGUAAUGAACGAGACGGAGCAGUACCUGCAGCAGCUGCUAAUGAAGGCCGUGACCAAGCUGCCACAGUGGCGCGUGCUGGUGCAGAAGUCCAAGGCCGUUCAGAUGGUGCUGAACCUCUGCAGCCCUUCGGUAACUGACAAGUGCCUCAUCGCUGAGGCCUGGUGCCCCGUCAGGCAGCUUCCUGCCCUACAGAGCGCCCUGCGAGAGGGAGGGAGGAAGAGUGGCAGCAGUGUUGAUUCCUUUUACAACCGUUUGCCAUCCGCCACGUCCCCUCCCACCCUUUACCCCACAAAUGCUUUCACCGCUGGAUUUCAGAACAUAGUGGACGCGUAUGGAGUGGCCAGCUACAGAGAGGUCAACCCAGCUCUCUACACCAUCAUCACGUUUCCAUUCCUGUUCGCUGUGAUGUUUGGAGACGUUGGGCACGGCCUUCUCAUGACCCUCGGCGCCCUCUGGAUGGUGCUGGAAGAGAAGGACCCCAAAAUGAGGAAGAACAACAAUGAGAUCUGGCGGAUGAUGUUCGGAGGACGCUAUCUGAUCCUGCUCAUGGGACUGUUCUCCAUCUACACUGGAGCUAUCUAUAACGAGUGCUUCAGCAGAGGCCUCACCGUCUUCCCCUCGUCCUGGCACAUCCGGCCCCAUGCCGCUUUCUACAACUGGACUGACGAUACUUUAAAAUCGAACCAGUACCUCACGCUGGAUCCGAACGUUACUGGAGUGUUUACUGGACCAUACCCGUUUGGCAUUGAUCCGAUCUGGGGUCUGGCUAAUAACCACCUGACGUUUCUAAACUCCUAUAAGAUGAAAAUGUCCGUGAUCAUUGGAAUCAUCCACAUGACUUUUGGAGUCUGUCUGUCUGUCUUUAACUUCAUACACUUUAAGGAGACGAGCAGUGUGUUUCUGGUUCUGAUUCCCGAGCUCAUGUUCAUGCUGUGUUUGUUUGGCUAUCUGAUCGUCAUGGUCAUUUUUAAGUGGGUGACGUACGGUCCCAUGCACUCGGACUCGGCGCCCAGUAUUCUCAUCCACUUCAUCGACAUGUUCCUGUUCACAGACAACAAGGACAACCCGCCACUUUACGACGGUCAGAUAACGGUACAGAAGGUGCUGGUGGUUCUGGCUCUGUGCUCAGUUCCUGUGCUGUUGCUGGGAAAGCCCAUGCAAGAGUACCUCACUUACAGGAGAAAGAAACACCAGCCCACUGGUGAAAGGCGGCCUCUACUAGCAGAAAACAACUCGGUAAAUACUCAACAGGGGGACGUGGAAACAAAAGCCGGAGAGGAGGAGGAGGAGUUUGAUGGAGCCAAUGUUUUCAUGCACCAGGCCAUCCACACAAUAGAGUACUGCCUGGGCUGCAUCUCCAACACCGCCUCAUACCUCCGUCUGUGGGCGCUCAGUCUGGCUCACGCUCAGCUAUCAGAAGUACUGUGGGUGAUGGUGAUGCACAUCUCCUUUGCUCAGACCAGCUACGUCGGAGGCAUCGUCAUGGUGGCCAUUUUUGCUUUUUUCGCUGUACUGACGGUUUCUAUUCUGCUCAUCAUGGAGGGACUGUCGGCUUUUCUGCAUGCACUUCGACUUCACUGGGUGGAGUUCCAGAAUAAGUUCUACAGUGGAGCGGGUUACAAGCUCAGUCCAUUCGCCUUUGCUUCUAUAAUCAACGAUUCAUAAAUGAAUUGAUGCCUAAUAUCACAUAAUUACGAUGAAAAUGAAAUGAAAAUCACGCUGUUGUAUUUUAACUUGAACAUUUCAAAACUGGCAUUCCUCCAUUCAUGAUGUGGUUUACGAUGAAGAAGCUCGUCUUCUGAAAUGGUCGUCAUGAUGGUGAAACAAAAAAAACACUUUUUAUGCUGAUCUGAAAUCAGUUUCUGGGAUUUUAUAACUGUCAGGAUUAAGAUCUGGGUUGGUUAAGCUCAUCAGAUUAAUUGCACCUGUUUCUAUAAAAACUAACAUUUAUUAGCAGUUUUAAUAUGUAUGAUUAUAAACGUGUUCUCUAAUUCAAGUUAAACAAAGCAAAUGUAACUCAGGGAGGUUUUAUCCAUGUGAGACAUUUUCUGAUUUAUUCAGUCUGUGUCUAGAUAAAGAACUUCAAAAACGCCAAAGAAGUAAAUUGGGCCGAGUUUCAUUUUUAUCAGUACUAAUUAAUGAAUUUAAAAUUCAAUAUGAAUCAGAAAGGGAUUUUUUCUUCCUAGAAUUGUCAUCUUAUGUGUUUUUAGAUAAACGAUUUUGUUUUUUCUGCAUGAGAAGCCACUUAAUGAUUCCUGCUUUAUUAAUGAAAUGAUUUAC